CGGCGCCGGCGCCACCCACCGCCUCUACCAAGUUUGGAGGGGAAGGAAUGUAUGUCAAUGAUCAUUGAUUAGUUCAUGUGUUCCAAAGGGAGGGUGGCCUCCAUUAGUUCAUUCGAUCAAUCUUGUACCUGGCAGAAAUUUCUUUGUGGCGGGCGGUGCAUCUUCGGCCCUGACGCCAACUCCAUCUUUCUAUCUGUGUCUCUCAUCAUGACGCCGCUCGCGCUCUUCGUGGCCUUCGUCUCGUUCCGCCUCGCCGAGCUCAUGGGGAAGCCGCUCGGCCCCUUCGUUCCAAGGACAGCCAUGGCCGUCGGCGCAUUCGAUCUUAUAGUGUUGGUGCUCACGUCAGGGCGAGAUCCCGGGAUCAUCCCGCGGAACACGAAGCCGCCGGAUCCCGAAGACCUCCAGUUGGACGGCUUGGCGUCCCCAAUGGCCGGAGCGCCAUCGUCGGGGACACUUCCGCCGACGCGUGACGUGUACGUGAACGGCAUGGUGGUGAAGGUGAAGUACUGCCACACGUGCAUGCUGUACAGGCCGCCGCGCUGCUCUCACUGCUCUGUCUGCAACAAUUGCGUGGAGCGCUUCGACCACCACUGCCCCUGGGUCGGCCAGUGCAUCGGCAAGAGAAAUUACAGGUUCUUCUUCAUGUUCAUCUCGUCGACGACGUUCCUUUGCCUCUACGUGUUCGUGUUCUGCUGGGUGAACCUGGUCCUCAUCACGCGGAAGUACGGGUGCAGCCUGGGCGGCGCCAUCGUGGAGUCGCCGGUUUCGGGAUUCCUCAUCUUCUACACCUUCAUCACGUCCUGGUUCGUGGGCGGGCUCACGGCGUUCCACACCUACCUCGCCAGCACCAACCAGACCACCUACGAGAACUUCCGGUACCGGUACGAGGGAAAGUCCAACCCGUACGACCGCGGCGCGGCGCGGAACCUCGUCGAGAUCUUCCUGUCGCCGAUCCCGGCGAGCAAGAAUGACUUCCGGCAGAUGGUCGUCGUCGACCCCGAAACGCUCUUGUACGGCCCGCCCUCGAUGGCCUACUCCUACUCCUUCGGCAUGCUGUCGUCGUCCAAGAAGAGCUUCAACACCCAAGCCAGCCUCAGCUUCGACAUGGGCAAGCCGAGCUUUGACCUCGGAGCUGGAUACAGCGUCAAGCGCACCAGCAUCGGCUCCUCCAACUUCGGCGACAUAUACAAUCCUACCGGUGAUGGCGUGGAUGCCGCGGCGCACCAGCAGCCGCGGCACAACAUCUUCGCUGGCGGGAGGUUUCAGGGAAGCAAGAAGGUGGCGGAAGACUCGGAGUCGGUCGUGACCGACGUCCCCACGGCGGGCUACACCACUGCCGGCUGACCACAUGGGAGGGAGUUCGAGGCCGUGUGACGGAUGAUCGACCCGAGCGCAUGCAGGUGAUGCCCGUUCGAUCUUGGUUUGGGUAGGGUCGUAGGGAGGGAGCGCGAUGCGGCGCGAGUUUGAAAUUUUGGUCGCUCUCGCUCGCGGGUGUUGUGUUGGACCGGCCGGCGUGCGGCGGUAGCUUGAUCUCAGCUUCCCCUCCCCAUGUCUGCGCUCAGAUGUGAUCGAUGGACGUUUUUAGAAUAGUAUCCUGCUACAUUGACUGUA